CUCUUUCUGACUCCGUGAAAAUAUUAUGACAUUUGAUCCCGAAAAAUGUAAUUUUACCCAAAUCUGAUCGAGCCAUUGUGACAACCAUGGAGUAUGCUGUAUCCGCACCCAUUGCCGUAUACGGUGACAUCUUAUCUUCUGAGAAGUUACGACUCUGCUAAAACUGGAAUCUAGAGAAACAUUAUAUUCACUUGUGAAGCUGAGCGACCGGGUGUUGUGGAGUACCAGCUAGUUUAAGAUCGAGCAGUUCCGCUGUUUAAGUUUUAUUUUGACUUCAUGGAACUGUGAUUGCAUCAGAGAUAAUCGAUAUAUACGACGGCCGGUUUGCAGCUGCACGCAUCAUGACCGAGGUUCAGUGAUAGUUGAACUGUAGCCCUCAAUAGUACGAAUGUGCCCACUGAGAAGAAAAAGUAUGGAUUUCAAGCUAUAGUAAUGCUGGGUGUGUGUGGUUAAACUGAAAAACAACUAAUGAGUGGUCCUCCUCCUUCCAAAGUGGGAUUGAAACUCAUCCCCUUCUCGACACCAUGAAGAAGGCCAGGGGUCCUAAAUUAAAACUCCGCUACCAGCGCUACUACAUCAUACUUUUUUCAAUUAUCCUGUUCGGACUAGUCACGACCGGUUUACUCCAGUUCUGGCCGCAUUUCUUAAUAGAGAAUGAGAAUGGCGACCAUAACAGAUACAUCAUCCCGGAUCUUGCAUCCAUCCCCGUGGUGCGCGUCUCUGAGAAAGAGCGCACCCCCGAAAAGGGGAACUUGAAAUGCCAUUACUACAACUGCUUUGACGUGUAUCGGUGUGGGUAUAACUUAAAUCGUAUCAGUGUGUAUAUUUAUCCGUUGAAGAAAUACGUUGAUGAACAUGGGGAGCCGAUUACGGAACCAAUUUCACAAGAGUUUUACGAAAUGUUGAGGACUAUUGCAGAGAGCUCGUACUAUACAUCAGAUCCAGAGAAGGCGUGUUUAUUUGUACCUGCCAUUGAUCUACUGGAUCAGAGUAGAAUAGGGGUCGAAAGAACGGGGCAAGUUCUUGCUCAACUGCCAAAAUGGCACGGAGGAACCAAUCACCUUUUAUUCAACAUGCUGCCGGGAACGCCGCCCGACUUCAAUACUGCCCUCAGUGUCAAGCGGGGAAAAUCCCUCCUAGCUGGGGGCGGGUUCUCCACAUGGACCUUCCGCCCUAGUUUUGAUGUCAGUAUUCCAGUGUUUAACUCAGAUGUAGCAAAAAUUAGUUUACCAGCCAAACCUGAUGGUUACAAGAAACCAUACUUGGCCAUUUCAGCGCAAGCCGGCAUUCACUUGGAUUAUAGGGAUGAACUUAAUUUGAUAGCCGAUAAACAUAAAGACUUCUUAGUUUUGGAUAAAUGUCAAGACAUACCUGCCACCUCCAAGAUGUGUAGAGAUGCAACGCAGUUUAGUUACCCUUAUAUUUUACAGGAAGCCACAUUUUGCGUGGUUCUACGUCGAGCUCGUCUAGGUCAGGCUGCCCUCAGUGAUGCCCUGCAGGCAGGCUGUAUCCCAGUCGUUAUGAUCGAUACUUAUGUUAUGCCCUUCUCUGAGGUUCUCGAUUGGCAGAGGGCCGCAGUAAUAGUCCGAGAGGAGCAGCUUUCUGAGCUACCAGAGAUUCUAAGCGCCAUCUCUCCGUCCCACAUCAAAGAUCUGCAAAGGCAGGGCCGUUUCUAUUGGCAACAGUACUUCAAAUCAAUUAAAGAUAUCACCUUGACGACGCUACAGAUUAUAAACGAUAGGAUGUACCCUUAUACGGCAAAAGAUUACACUGACUGGAACGAGCCGAGGCCACGGGUCGGAGCAAUCAGUCCACUUUACCUUCCCCUAAUCCCACCCAAAUCACAAGGCUUCACAGCCGUGGUCCUGACCUACGACCGAGAGGAAAGCUUGUUUGAGGUCAUUCGUCGGAUCUCGCUGACCCCCAGUCUCAACAAGGUGCUAGUAGUCUGGAACAAUCAGGAGAAAGCCCCACCAGAAGUCGAGAAGUGGCCCAAGAUUAACAAGCCUCUGAAGGUCGUCCAGACCAAGGAGAACAAGUUGAGUAAUCGUUUCUAUCCCUACGAUGAGAUUGAGACAGAGUGUGUGCUGGCCAUCGAUGAUGACAUUCUCAUGUUGACGCCUGAUGAGUUGGAGUUCGGUUACGAGGUCUGGAGGGAGUUCCCAGAUCGUCUAGUUGGAUAUCCUGCCAGGUUACAUCUAUGGGACGAGAAGCUGAACAAAUGGAAGUAUGAAUCAGAGUGGACUAAUGACCUUUCUAUGGUACUCACUGGAGCUGCGUUCUACCACAAGUAUUUCAGCUUCUUGUACACCCACAAGAUGUCCAACCACAUCAAGACGUGGGUGGACGACCACAUGAACUGCGAGGAUCUGGCCAUGAACUUCCUCAUCUCCAACGUCACAGGGAAACCGCCGCUCAAAGUCACCCCGCGCAAGAAGUUCAAGUGCCCCGAGUGCUCCAACAUCAUCUCCGCCGACCUCACCCACAUGGUGGAACGCUCGGAGUGUGUCACCGUCUUCGCGGAGGAGUACGGGAUGAUGCCGCUGAAGACAGUCCAAUUCCGUGCCGACCCUGUACUCUUCAAAGAUGACAUCCCAAAGAAGUUGAAACGAUUUCCCGACAUGGGCAGUUUAUAGUACUUACUGAAUCAAAGAAGAAAAAAACUAAGAAAAAAAAGCUGUAAGAGUUACCCAUAUAUAUUUUUUAAUAAUGUUUUAAUUAUAUGUGAUUCUAAUUUUUAAUAUUAACAAGAUUAAUGUUUCAGUUUUUAUAAGUCUGAAUGCACUGGCCGAUAUUCAUCUUUGAGGUGGACAUGACAUUAUCCUCGCAAUACAGAUGGUCUAUUUGUACAUGCCCCAAUUUCAUAAAAAAAAUUAUUAGCAGAAGAUACUGCUUAAAAAUUUUGUUUGCUAAACAAAACAUGAGUGGGGCAACAGUACUGACAAUGUAAACUGAUUGGAAUGUUGGCUGGUAGCCUGUUUUUGCUAAGCAAUAUUUUCCUGUGCUUAGCAGGUUAAUGUGCGUACACUCUUUAUGAAAUUGGGCCCAUGUUGAGACCAUUCUAUCAAAGCUAAUCAUGCGGAUCCGAGUUGAUACCCUUAGAUUUUCUCGAGGAGAACUACUCUGACAUGCCCUAAGAAAACUCCCUUGGCAUUAAUUAUGUGCUAGCACACUGCAUAUAUAUCAUGUGUGAUUGUGCAUUCAUCAAAAACCAAUCCACUAUGCAAUUGCAAAGUACAAUGUGCUAAAGCAAAGCUUGAGCACAAAGUGAAAGUCUCGUCUUAGUUUUGGAGUUAAAACUUCAUAGAAAUAUUUUGUGUUUUUAUUCGACUUUUUGUUUAGGAUAAACGGUUUAAAAACCAUUUUGUCUGGUCUUUUCCAUUUACACAUAGUGUGACAAAAGGGUUUCCCUAAACAAUGAAUGUCAUAGAAACCCUUACUUAAGUGUGGGUGAAGAAUAUUUUCAAUCGCUUUUGAGUGGAAUUAUUGGGGAAAAGGAAAUACAAAUUAAUGGUGACAUCUGUUUUUAUACUUUUUAGUGCAUUGGCCUUACACACUUCCUUCAAGCUCUCCCUACCAACAAAGCUACAGACAUGCCCCUUGUAAAGUUAAGGCUUCCAAACAAUGGCAGGAUUGGCAGACAAACGUGGGAUCCUUGAGUAGUCACACAUAUUAAUAUUAAUGAGGCUUUUAUCAUUCACAAAAUAUGAAUAUUCAUAUCAGAUUUGCAUAUAUUUGCAUACAUGCAUGCACUGAUUACCCCUAACAUAGGAUUUUAAAAAGACAAAAAUCAAGUUCGUUAAAAAUUCUGUGGGGACACCAUAAACAUCAUGCCCUACUUAAACUAAUCUCUGUACAAACCAGUAUUCUUCUAAAACUCCCUUUUUUUACACAACGUAACUUAUUCUGUAGGUAUAUGUAAAUAAUAUAGUAUUUUUUGGACUGACAACUACUUAAUUUAGACAACUACUUAAUUUAGAUGACUUUCAGAAGUGUUUUUUUUUAUACCAAGGUACAUGUAACUAAUGUUAAUAGAGCGAUUGGAAGUUCUUAAAGGUCAGUUCACUGACUUAAUGUAGACGGUGCAUCAUUAGGUGUAACACGUAGCUCCUAUUUUUUUUUUUCUACUUUCAGAAAUCUUCUAAAUUUUCUUUUCUUCAUCUGCCGAAAUCAUUCUAGAUUUUAGUCUCUUAUCAAAUGGAUUGAUUCAUGAAAAGUGUGUGUUUGUAUUUAAAAAGAAUUACUAAUAAUUUUGUAGAAAAAAAUCCAGUUUUUUUUUUUUUUUUAAAUUAAAAAGUUGUACAUAAAAAGUUAUUACCAACCCUCGUUUUACAGUACCUCGAUUGUUUAAAUUGAAAGAUCAUUUCUGUCCUGGUCUUUUCGAGAUUUUUGCUCAGAAUAAAUUAGAAAAUAUUGUGCAACAUCCAGACAAUAGUUAAGUGCUACAUUAUGCAUUUAACUUUGUUUGGUUUAUAAAUGUACAGUGAAAACAAAACCACCACACACACUAACUUGUGAAACACUUAUCGUAAAUGAGGAUGUCUUUUCAACAAUUAUAAACCCAUCUACUCUUGGUAACGUUUUGACCAACCCUUCAAAACCACUCAACUGAAAGGGGUGUGUAGGGUGGCACAACUGUGCACAGAACUUUGUGAAGGGUGUAGUUGAAUUCUCCUUGUGAUAUCAUAUUGCAGGAUUGUAUAGUUACCCUAUCAUUCAAAACCGAAUGUAAAUUUAGUUAUAAAGGUGCCCUGCUUUCUAGAAAUAAAAUAAUAAUAAAGACUUUCCAUUUAAAUUAGGUAAAGUAAUCUGAAAUGUUAAAAGUGUGUCCCUUUUGGCUAAAGAUGAAGAAAAUGGUGCUAUGUAAUGUUUUGAUUGCGACAAACACAGUAGCUGAGGUUAAUGAGUUAAUUUUGGCCCUGCCCUGUUGACCUAUAUAAUGUAUGUAUAUUUUGUUUCCCUGUUUACACAAAUCACUUCACUUCAUCUUGUGAUGGGUGUGUUCGUCGUUGGGGUAACCAUGAGGGAUACAUGUACAUCUGUUGUCACGGACCCCCACAGGUCUCUGUUCUCCGUCAGGUGUAUGAGGGCGGCAGUGUUUCUGCCUGCCCAGUCCCGGAUGUUGUCAGACCAGGGGUGGAUUUCACAAAGAGUUAAGACUAGUCUUAUCUCGAUUUACACUGAGUUACUUGUCCUAACUUAGGACUAGCCAUACGUUUUUUAUAUCUCCUAGGACUAGUCCCAAGUGAGGACUAGUUCUAACUUUUAGUGAAAUCGAUUGCAGGACUAAAUUGAGGCUUGAAGUGAAACAAGUCUGGAGCUAUUUUGUUGAUUCUCAUUGGUGGCUGCGGCUGCAGCUGUUGCUAAGGGCAGUCUACACUCAAGUGCAUGUUGAUUUGGUGAUCCAGCCAUAGCCUUAGCCAUAAGCGUUUUGGUUGCUUGGAAAAACUGGCUUCCCUUAGCAACAGCUGCAGCCACAAAUUUGGACACUGCCUUAUGCCGUGUCCAAAAUGGUGGCUACAGCUCAGCUACGGCUAGACUUCCAUCUCAUCAUGCAUUGAAGUAUAGGACGUCCUAGGCAACAUUCAUAGCCAUGGCUGUAGCCGCAAUUCAGAUACAGCCUUAUACUCCUUUUCUCUCUGCUGGUAACCUUAUUCUGGUAAGCAUAUUUUUGUUGUGCUCAGCUGCCUUUUUGUGCUUUGGCAGCUCUAAGAAA